AUGACACUGGAUGAUCUAGCUCGUGAGAUGGCUGAGAUUAUCGACGAAGUGUCAGCCAUUCUUAGAAUUGGUCGUGGGCAUUGCCGUAUACUUCUUCACAAGUUUAACUGGAACAAAGAAAGUUUGUUAGAAAGGUAUUAUGAAAAUCCGGAUACAGAUGCUUUUCUCCGAAAAGCACAGGUUCUUCCACGUAAACCUGCCCCACCUCCAACUUCUUCGGUUGGUGAAUGCGAUAUUUGCUGCAACACGGCUCUUCUUGGUGGCUUGGAUUGUCACCACUGGGCGUGCUCUUGCUGUUGGCAAAUGUAUCUUAACACAAAGGUAUUAAGCCACAUGAAAUUCAAUGCAUUUUCAAUGGAUGUCAUGCAAUAUAUCCAAAGCGAAGCUGUUCGAAACCGUCUGCUGAGGUGGUGUCCUGGUCUUGAUUGUGGAAAAGCGCUCAAAGUAGGGUAUUCGGAGCCACGACCUGUUGUUUGCGCAUGCUCUAUGCGAUUUUGUUUCGGAUGUGCUCAUGAAUGGCAUGAACCUGUAAAUUGUCGUCUGUUAAAGUUAUGGCUGAAAAAGUGCAGUGAUGAUUCCGAAACGAGUAACUGGAUCAACGCCAACACAAAGGAAUGCCCAAAGUGUCAGGUUACAAUCGAAAAGGAUGGAGGUUGCAAUCACAUGGUUUGCAAAAACACCGCUUGCCGCAUGGAGUUUUGCUGGAUUUGUUUAGGUCCUUGGGAACCUCAUGGAAGCAGUUGGUAUAAUUGCAAUAGGUAUGAUGAUUCACGUGCGAAACAGGCACGUGAUGCACAAGAGCUUUCUCGUGCUAAUCUCCAGCGUUAUCUUCACUACUACAAUCGUUUCAUGAAUCAUCAACAGAGUUUGAAAUUGGAAAACAAGUUGUAUGCCACUGUGAAAGGAAAGAUGGAGCAGAUGCAGCUGCAGUCAAUGUCCUGGAUCGAGGUACAGUUUUUGAGGAAGGCAGUGGACGUUCUGUCAGAGUGUCGCAGAACACUCAUGUACACUUACGCAUUUGCAUAUUACCUUAAACGCGAUAACCACGCUGAGAUUUUUGAAGGAAAUCAAAGGGAUCUUGAGAUGGCAACUGAACAACUUUCACAGUUCCUUGAACGUGAUCUUGAGAACGAAAAUCUAAUCACCCUGAAGCAGAAGGUGCAAGACAACUAUCGUUACGUUGAUCAGCGUCGACUUGUGUUGUUGAAACACUGCCAAGAAGGCACAGAAAAAGACAUCUGGCAGUACACUCAAUGA